AUGCGAAGGGAGAUUGUGGAAGAAGAGGUUGAGGACGAAGGAGAGACGCGGUGUAUCUGUGGGGAGCUGGAACCGCCUGACGAUUCGGGGUUCUUCAUCCAGUGUGAGACCUGUAACGUGUGGCAGCACGGUGUGUGUGUUGGCAUCUCGAACUCUAAUGGCGACAAGCCGCCAGACAAGUACUGGUGUGAGCAGUGCAGGCCGGAGCUGCACCGGCUGUACUACACAAACGACACAGGGGAGCUGAGGAGCGCUUACAAGCUCGUGCAACCGACCAAGCGCAAGAACCGGAGACAUCCUUCGGGGAGCAGGGCUCGCAGGAACAACAAGCGGGACUCUACGGAGUACGACACUUCCACGGAUAACUUGGCAGAGGAAGAGUCCAAGCUGGACCCCGAGGAGGACUCCGAGUCUACAGCAGCAUCUGCCACCUCUAACACUGGAACUGGCCAACGGAAGAGGAGAAAGACCAGCAACACAAGCGACACUACAGAUGAUCUGAAGAACAACGGAGCGAUAGAGGAAGAGGAUACCCUGCAGGCAGGAUCACCAGCUAACGAAACUGAAGACACUACAAACCAGGAUCACCCACAAGCCCAGGACGACGACGACCAAUCCCGUGAAACUCAGCAGGAAGAAAAUGACGCUGUUAAGCAGGAGCCUGACCUCGGCGAUGAAGAAGAUGAAACGGGCCUCACAAACGACACAACGAUCAACGAAACUGCAGAUGAUUCGACUACCACUAUCGCUGCUGAAGCAACUACAGAAGCUGUCAAAGAAGAAGCCGAGGCUGAAACUAACGCUGAUGAUACCACAGAUGACCAUGUAACCAAUGCCACGAAAGCAGAAACCGAUAAUAACGAAGGAGCAGAUGUAUCUAAGAUAAUAUCAGAUAGGAAACGUGCCACACUCGUGGCAAGAGAAGAGAAACACUAUCAAUGGAUGUUGGAGAAAGCACUACAGGAAAGCAGAAAGACCUCAAACCAGGAAGAAGGGAACAAACAGGAAUCGAGGCCCGUACCAACAUCAAAGGAAAACUCUCCAACACCUGACUCUAACACUUCCAGAUCGUCUUCAAGAAAUAAAGACGAAGCUGCAAAGGAACUAUCAAACGAAAAGGAAACACAAGACAAAGUUUCGGAUGACUUACAACCCAAUGAAACUAACACCGUGUCUUCUGAGGAUGACAACAAGGCUAAAAAUCUAAGGAGGUCUCAAAGGAGUGGGAACACACCCAGGAACUCUGGCAAAGGUAGAAACUCCAGAAAACAGAAUAGCAAGGCUUCAUCUGCUAAUGGGAGUGAUAAUGAUAAAAACAAAACCGCAGAUAUUGGCAUCAACAAACCUGUUAAACCACGUUUACCGCCACCAAGGACCACAUUAAACGAGAUGAGAAGACGUGUAACAGCAAUCAUGGAGUUUCUAUCCAGAACUCAAUGGGAACUGGAGGCAGAGAUUAGAAACAAAGAAGACCUGACAAAGUUUGUAGAGAACGAGCAAUUUGUUAAAGAAACUGAGGUGAUCUUUGACAAUACCAACAAAAACUUGAGUUUAAUGAAUGACUUAACCAAAAAACUAAUCAAUUGGGAAACAAAGUAUUCAGUAAACGAAGCAUUAGAGUAA